CCCGCCCCCAUCCCCUCGCCGGUCCGACCGCAGCCGCCUCUGCGCCGGCAGUCCCUCCUCUCCAACCGACAGUCGACCCUCAUCCAGACCCUGUUGCGAGGCUCCCAGACCGAGGACCCCAGCAGCCUGAACCCCGAACAGCUGAUCCCCAUCAGCGGCAACAUGGUGAUGCGCAAGAUCUGGGUCAAGAGGCCGGGGGCUUCGGCAACACUGGUCACCAUCAACGAGGACGACGUGGUGGACGACGUGCGCGAUAUGAUCCUGCGCAAGUAUGCCAACUCGCUCGGCCGCCAGUUCGACUCGCCCGACCUCACCAUCAGCAUCAGGCCCGGCGGGAACCAGCCUGAGCGCGUACUCGGGCCCGAGGAGCCCAUGGCCAGGACCCUCGACGCUUAUUUCCCCAGCGGACAGGCCAUCGACGACGCCCUCAUCAUAGACGUGCCCCAGCGACGGACGCCCCGGGCCUCCCCACGAGCUGGCCCGCCGCACGCCCCCCAUGUGCAGUACUAUGUCGAAGACCCGCGCCCACCCGAGACAGCCAAUGACUACUUUGGUCCUGGAGCCGUGUCAGCGCUCCCCGUGACCGUCACCGCACCGUCCAACGGCUCCUCACACCCCCACGCCAUCUCUGUGCUCUCCACCGGCCAGGUGCCCCAGAUCCCGUCUCCAGGGAGCUCGCGGGCGCGGACGUACAGGGAACGACCCGAGAGGCCGCGGCUGGGGAGACAGCACACCUCGUCACCGACGCUGAUCAAUCUGGCCACGGGCGUUGCGCACCAGCCCUCGAUCGCCGCGGGAACGGCGGCCACAGCCGCCCCACAUGGUACGCAGCCCACCCACACACAUGUUAGAACGCGCUCACGGACUCACUCGGAAGCAUCAGACCCGGCACAAGGCCCCGGCGGACCCCAGCCGCCCCCUUUACCGACGCCGCCCGCGGUGGCUGAGGGGGCCAGUGCUGUACCGCAGCAGCGCAUCGCCACCCCUCCGCCGCGGGUUAUGAGCCCUCGGCCCUCGGCCAAGGCCAAGAAGAAGAAGAAUACGGACCACCCUUCGCUGCCCAAGGGGAUGCUCAACGGCACGGUCCCGCCCAUCAACGUGCUCAUCGUCGAGGACAACAUCAUCAACCUCAAGCUGCUCGAGGCCUUUGUCAAGAGGCUCAAGGUCCGCUGGAGCACCGCCAUGAACGGCCGGGAUGCUGUGAACAAGUGGCGCGAGGGGGGUUUCCAUCUCGUGCUCAUGGACAUCCAGCUCCCUGUCAUGAGCGGUCUGGACGCUACGCGGGAGAUCCGUCGGCUGGAGAGGGUUAACUCCAUCGGCGUCUUCAGCUCGGCGGCGUCCACGGCGCCCGAGGAGGUCAAGGGCGAGCCCGACGAAAAAGACAAGCUGGGGAACAUGGACCUGUUCAAGAGCCCUGUCAUCAUCGUGGCACUGACGGCAUCCUCGCUGCAGAGUGAUCGACACGAGGCGUUGGCGGCCGGGUGUAAUGACUUUCUGACCAAGCCUGUGAACUUUGUCUGGCUUGAGCGCAAGGUCAUGGAGUGGGGAUGCAUGCAGGCACUCAUCGACUUUGACGGCUGGCGCAAGUGGAAGGACUUCACGCCGGCUACGGGUGAUAAGGGCAAGACGGUCCAAAAGGCCAAGACCAAGAAGACCAGG